UGAUAAUGGCGUUUGUGUGUGAUGGUUCUAGUUAGGCCCGGCCAGCGUGUUUCUUCACAAAUGUGGCUUUCUAUUGUGCAAACGACGGUUAGAUAUGGAUGUACCCUUGGAACGUAUUUACCUAUUUGAUCGCUAUUUAUGUGUGUUUUUCAGUGAGUUUAUCGAGAUGUGCUGAUCAGUUUUAGUGUGAUUAUUAUCCUCGGGUCCACUAUUCACCAACAACAACAACAAAAAGUCAUUCGUUUUCCUGUUGGAUUAUUGUAUUUUUAAAAAACCAUAUUUGUUCAGCUUGCCAAACAAAGCAUGGAGGCUGCUACGAGUGUGGAAAAAGACUGCGGUGCUUUGGGACAGCUUUUCCAGGCGAUAAUCAACGACAUGAGAGGUGGAACACCAGUAUGGGAAGAUUUUACUUACAAGGCCACAAAACUGCAUUCCUCAUUAAAGACAACUCUAAUUGCUAUUAGUGCAUUCCUUGAUGCAUUUCAGAAGAUUGCUGACUUAGCAACUGGAUCUAGAGGUGCCACGAAAGAGAUAGGCUCAGCUUUAACCAGGCUGUGUAUGAGACAUCGGAAUAUAGAAUCCAAGCUCAAAACAGUUACCAAUUCCAUAUUAGACAGUUUAGUAGUACCAAUACAGGAGAAGUUAGAAGACUGGAAAAAAGUGGUUGCUCAGUUAGACAAAGACCAUGCUAAAGAAUAUCGGCGAGCACGCCAGGAAAUAAAGAAAGCAGCAUCAGAUACUAUGAAGCUACAGAAGAAAGUUAAAAAAGGGAAGGGUGAGAUGCAGUCUCGGUUGGAGAACGCGAUGCAUGAUGUGAACGACAAAUACCUGUUGAUGGAGGAGUGUGAGAAGAACUUUGUGAGGACCGCCCUCAUUGAGGAGCGAAGCCGGUUCUGUGUCUUCAUUGGUGCUACCAAACCCUUUGUUAAUAGUGAGAUCGCGUUGCUGAGCGAGGUGACACAUCUCCAGGAGACGAUGGACAGUCUGUGCCAGCAGACGGCUGACCCGCUCACGCUACCCACCGCCAGUGAGCAGGUCAUCCUCGACGUGAAGGGCGUUGACUACAACAUCGCCAACUUUCAGAAGAAUUCGCCACCAAGCUCUCCAAGCUCGCUGGGUUCUCGUAAAUCAAGCAUGUGCAGUAUAAACAGCAUCACGAGUUCUUCAAGUGGUUCCAUCAAGUCCCACUCGCCGAGUCACCAGAAUGCGCACAUCAAAUCUAUGACACAGCAGCCCAUGGCGGGAACGCUGCGUCUCAACAGUGUUUCAUCACAGGACUCCGGAUUCACCUCACAGGACACGCUGUUUCUAAGGCCAGCAACCCCCCAAUCCCUUAACAUACUCAAGAACUUCACAGAAAAGGAUAUAUCAAACUCGAGCACCACGGACCCCGAUUCCACCCCGACCACGCCUUCGGAACAUUACCCCGCCAGCCAGUCGGCCAGCUCCACCUGGAACAACUGGCCCAACCAGCCGACCAAUGUGUCCAAAUCGGACGACUUCCGACCACACACCAUCUCGACCGCGUACGAGCGGUCCCACCACAGUCGACCCGCCCUGAACGCCGAGCUCUUCGAACCCCCACCCCCGGGGAUGCUCCAGAAACCGAGCGACGAUGUGAUAGCCGAGUUGAGGUCAAAUGCUCACGGCAGACUGAGUCGACCACACAGUGCGUCGAGUACAGCCCCGUAUGCACGACCGUCGGCGACGAUUAACAAGAUGCAACCCGUUCUUCCGCCCCUCGGACCAAAACCGAAGUCGAAGGCGGUGCCCCCACCAAUGGUGCCCUGCAUAGAGGAGCAACCAAUAUACGCUAAUGCAUCGGAACUGAUGAAACCUGGAGAAAACAACACAGAAAAUGCUGCGGGCUCCCCAGACAGUGAUACUUCGGCCACGACGACCCCCACACCGUCCAACAAUGGCCACUCACAGAAGAUGCAGCAGAAUUCCCUGGAGCUGGCAGAGGCUAUUCGCGAGCUGGAGGCGAGCACAGCCGCAUUGGAGAGCACGUAUGACGAGUCGAGCUACACGAGUCAUACAAGUCACAGCUCGCUGCAGUGCUCCAGCGGCUACGGAACCAUGAACAGCACACCGUCCGGCUCAGAGGACACCAUCGCGUCCGGAGAUUUCAGUGUCGCUUGUUCCGAGCAUGAUCAAGAGAAAUAUUACACGAUUCCACGAAGUCGAGACGUGUAUGCGGCAUAUCACGCGUUCUUACAGCCAAAAUGCCCUGCAUCGACCGCUGGAAUUCCUGUCUCACAAUCGGGCAAUGGUGUUUCACAGCGGAGCUCAGUUGGCGCCCCCAAACCACCCCCUCCAGUGAGAAGAACUUCGUCCAUGUCAACCGGUCCAGGACCGGCCCUAUCCAUAGUUAAAAAACUGCAGGCGACGGCGCCGAAACAAGGGCCGGUGAUUCAGCAUCGUCGUAGCCAUUCAACCAGCAGCAGCAGUCACGGUAACGAGGGACCGUACGCCGAGCUGCAGCUGAUACAGGAGAGUAUACACGCCAAGCAGCAGCAAGACUCUGGCGCACCUGGCCAACAGAAACAUUUGGCCAACAAGCCACAUUUAACCAAUCAAAAUCUAGGAAAUCAACAUUCGGCCAAUUGGCAUCAUCAUCUUCAUCAGUCUAGUGCCUCUGUGCAACAGCAACAGCAACAGCAACAGCACCAACAACAACAACAACAACAGCAGCAGCAGCAGCAACAACAGCAUCAUCAUCCAAUUAUACCUCAGUCGCCGGUGGGAGGAGGGGUCACGUACGCCAUUCCAAACGUGGCUGUAGGCAGUGGCGUUGUCGUGGAAACGGCGAGCUCGGAGGAGCACGCCAGCGUCAUCCAGAGCCUGAACGCCAAGUUCUCGGAGCUGACGCAGCGACACGCGGAUGACGAGGUCGACUUCCCACUGCCCCCGACCGAGGACGAGCUGAAGGAGAUCGAGAAACUGUACAGCAAGCCGCCCCCCGUCCACCCCAAACCCCCCGACUCGGCCGUCAUUAUGCAGUUGAAGAGACGAGUCGCGUCGGACACGUGCAGUUCAGACGUUUGAGUUUCGGGGGAGGGCGUGCUUAUAUAAUGGUUUAGAGGCUAGACUCCAUCUCUAAUGAUGUCACGUGCAUACAUGUACAGAUUGAAUGGCAGUAGAGUUUAGACUUAAUCUCUAAUGAUGUCACAUGCAUACAAUUUGUAUGGGGUUGCCAUGGCUGUAGAGUCUAGACUUAUGUCUAAUGACGUCAUAUGCAUACAAUUUGUACGGUGUUGCCAUGGCAUUACGAGUCUCAGACUCUCUUAGAGUCUUUGAGUCUAGAAUCUAAGCAUUUAUAAGCACCAAGCUUGAUGUUUUUUCUCUCUGUGUGUGCGUGUGUGUUUUCUGUCACUUCAACCUGUGAGGAAUUAUUCUGCAUGCAAAGUUUUAUAAUUUCUUGUUAAAGAAAGAUAAAAACGGCUACGUUUUUUGUGUUAUAAUAAAGAAAUAACAUGAUGGGGUAUAUCUUUUUGUGUUAUUGUGCAAGAAACGUGAAAUGCUGCUUGAUAAAACGGCAAAACAUUUUUUUAUUUUUUUUUUUGCAAGGAACAUAAAAUGCUGCUUUAUUUGAUAAACAGCAAAACAUUUUUUGUGUUGUACAAGAAACAUGAAAUGGUUCUUUAUUCGAUAAACAGCGAAACAAUUUUUGUGUUAUUCUGCAAGGAACACGAAAUGCUGUUUUAUUGUAUAAAUGGCGUGGGGGAAAAAAAAAAGGUGUUAUGCCUCGAUAUAAAUGAAGUGUGUACAACUCAUAAUAGGAUGGAAAAAGUGAACUAAUCAUGACGCAAGAAAACAUUCUGUUGUAUAAUGUAAUACUGAAUAUGACUAUUAUAAAAUGAUCAGGAUGCAAUAACAAAGUUAUUUUUAGACUGAGAAAACUUUAGUUUGAAUAUGUUUUUCAUUGUAUAAUCAUCAUGUAAUUUGUCAUUUAAAGAAACGCAUUGUUAAUAGAACUGUCCCGAGUUGCCUACUAAGCGAGACUUUUUAACGACUAAUUACAUAUUAAAUAUAUUUUUCUAAAUAAAAUAUUAGUGGCUGUAUAUUAUAUGUGUUUCUGAUCAUCCAAGUGUUUGUUCCAGGUCAAACUUAAUUUUAUUUCCUAAUACAAAAAAUUUCAUACAUAUGCAAUUAUCUGGAGAACAAAUCCAGUUUGGGCUACUUACAGAUAUUAAGACGAUUAGGAACCCAUUAAAUAUAAUAUACAGACACAGGGCUCGAAUUUAAGAAUUUGUCUUCCACGGCAAUGUUUAAAAGAAUCAUAGGUAGGCUCGAAAUUGCCGUUGGUGGACUGUUUUGAGCCUGCUUAUGGCAAUUUUUUUUAAAGUGACAUUUGCAGCAACUAAACCUGACCGAAAGGCUAUCUUGUUAUAUGUAGACAUCUUUUAAAUGUGCAAAUGUUAAAUAUUGGCAGAUAAUGUACACCAGGUGUAUACAUUUCACCAUUGUUGAGGAGCUUUACCUACAGCAAUUUAUAUCUCAAUGAUGGCAGUUGCCGUCGGUGCCACUGUUAAGUUCGAGCCCAGCAGAGACUGAUAUUCUAAGCAAGAAACUAUAUUCAGUGUGUAAUUUUAGUCGUUAAAAAAAUACUUAUAUUGGUCAGAAAUAUUUUACAAUGCAGCAAACAGAUUAAUUCCUUCAAAAGAUUUUUGUCUUUUUUGUCCAAUUGGUCAUGGUUUUGUUAAUCAAAAAAAAGUUUUUCCCAAUAAACAGUAAAUGCAUUGUACCUUUCUAAUGAUCCAAAAUGUCCACAUUAAAAUGAUUAAAUUUUAUUUUAUUUUUCAAAACGCAUAAAUCAUGUACGUUCAUUGAUUGCUUCUGAAAAUUCAAAACUGUGGAAAUAGAAUACCUCCUUGUAGUCGGUUUAUCCUCUAUUGUAAUAUUAAUUUUUAACAUCACUUAUGUAGAGCAGAGUGUUAACCAAGAUUUUCUCUUUACGUUUACUUAUUUUCACUAGCCCCAUUUUAUCAGUCAUUGGCUAAAAUCCUGUUGUGUUUUAUGUUUGCAAAGCGUACCUUAUACUGUAUAGUACAAGAUUUGGUAGCGAAGAAACUUAGUUAGACAUACCCUUAGAUAGCAUAAGAAAAGCCAUUCUCGUGUUUAAUAUAUCACCAUUCCUAUUUUUCAUUACCGUAGCAUCUAUUAAAAAAAAACGUAUUUUUUUAAACAAUGCUAAACCAUUUAUGAUGGGUAAUACCUGUAAUUUCUUCAGAAUUCUUGUUUAAACACCGAUAUUUAAUUUAUUUAAAUUUCGCAUGAAGGUGCAAAUGUGAUUCGACUGAACCGAUGAAAUGUAGAGAUUGUGAGUUUGGAGGGUGUGUGAAACAUUUGUAGCAUAUUAAAGGUGCAGUUAUUAAUAGGACUACACAGGACUUCUACAAUGGUUACAAAAGCCACUAGCCAUGGGAUCAGUGAUUUAAAAACAUUUACUAGCCACAAUUUAAAAUUCACUAGCCCUACUUUACUUUAAGUUAAUACAAUUUUACUAAAUAAUAAUAAUCAGAUAUGUCACCUAAAGAGGGUGAUAGAUCUUAAAAACGGUAUUUAUAUUUACGAAAUAGGCAAUAACUGCAACAUUUGAUCUCUGUUUUUUUCUUAUCACUAGCCGUCGGGCAUGGCAAUAGUAAUUAUUUACUAGCCCAGCUUUGAAUAUCACUAGCCAUAGGAGUGGGAAUACCAUAAUCUAGGACCCCUGCCUACAAAUUAAUCAAUCCCAUGCAUAAAAUUUGCAUAAAUUACUUAAGAAUAUCAAAAUUAUAACGUGCUUGUAAACCGAAUCACAUUCAGUGUUGCUAGAUUCUUGUUUUAUCUUAUCAUGUAACAAAUCUUUUUUCAAUCUGCGAAUCCACAAAAUCUGGCAAAUUGGCUGUCGGCAGGCAGCUAGAUCGGGCUAUCAGAGGUAGAUGAGUUGCACAGAUUGUGAACUUUCAGUUCAGUAACAUCUGCUUGACAUAAUUUUAAGAGUGUUUCCCCGGGCCCUGUUCCACGAUCACCGUAACUGCACAGCUAACAUAUGCACUUAAGGUGAUCUUAGCGCUAAGAUCGCUUUGUGGAACGGGGCCCAGAACUGUACGUUCCCAAUUCUGUUAGCUGUCCUCUUAAAGACCCUGUAAUUUAUAAAGCUUUUAAAUUUUUUUAUUACAAAAUUAAAUUAUAAUAAAUGGUUAAAAAGUUUAAUGGCCAUAUAUGUGUGGUUCAAGGUAUAAUGUUUACAUUUCAGAGUAAAAGUUAACAAUAAUUCAACUUAGAAACUGCACCUUUAAGAUCUAGGUGUUACGGUUAAUCCUAAAACAUGAUCUUUAUAGAAGUGAAUCCUAAAGGAAGACAGUUUUGAAAAUAAAAAACAAAACAAAUUCCAGACAAAUUAUGAAAGAAAAUAUUUGGAAUAUUAAAUAUUUUAUUGGCAAAAAAAAAAAAAAAUAUUGACAUUUAUUACAUCAGGGUUUUCAUGUUUUGCUUUUGUUUCUUUCUUUUUUUCCUUCGGUUUUUUUCCUCUCCAUUUUCAAAGAAUAUAAUUCAGUUUAAAAUGAUAGUGUAUUGAUGUGCUAACCUUACUACCAUAUUCUGUAAUGCAAUGCAGGCAUCUAUAUAUUUAAAAUUCCAGGAACUAAGAAAAAGUACCUUGUAUGAGUAUGUUCAACUUGUAGGUUUUUGCAUCCAUUAGAAGCUGAUUUAUGGUCAGAAGUGAUAAAAGAACCUUCAAGCUAUAACGGUGGUGUGCAGUGAUUAUAACUGGAGGGAAGAAAGUAUCUGUACUUAAUGGCUGUGUGUGUAAUUUGUGACUGAAUGAUGAAUACAUGCUUUGUGAUGAUGAAAUAAUAAUGUACAUUUGUAUGACGGAACAGUGAUUCAAGGCAGUUCUGUACAGUUUGUCUAGACCACUAUCAAAGUAAUUAAUUACGUAGUGCUGCAGUAAUCGUAUAACAACUUUGAACAAUGAUAUCAUUAUCUCACACUAAACCAUAUGAGAUUGUUUUAUUUUGUCUGUAACUGUAAUAAUUAUGUUUUCGUUUCAGUCACCAAUCUUGCAUGUAAUUUCUUAAAUCAUUAUUAGUAUAUAUAUAUAUAAACUGAUGGACAUUUCAUCAGUGUAUAGGGCCCAUGCUUUUAAAACCUUUUAGAGUCUUGACUCAAAUCUUUAUGGACAUCACAAGCAUACAAUUUGUAUGAUGGUCUUGACUCAAAUCUUUCUGGACAUCACAAGCAUACAAUUUGUAUGAUGGUCUUGACUCAAAUCUUUAUUGACAUCACAAGCAUACAAUUUGUAUGACUGUCUUGACUCAAAUCUUUAUUGACAUCAGCAAUUUGUAUGAUGGUCUAGACUAAACUAUUUAUUGACACCAGCAAUUUGUAUAAUGGUGCAAUGACAUUGAAAGUAUUGAGAUGUUAUUAAAAGAGUUGAGUUUUGAUUUUAAAACUUUCAUAAGCUCGGGUCCCAGAUGUCAUGUAGUUCACUAUAUGUACAGGACAUUAGCGUGUAUGUACUUGUAAAUAAUUUUAUAUCUGAUGGGAAAGUUGAUUGAUACGCCGAGAGAAAAAAAAUGCAAAAGCCUUCCAGUUGAGACCGAUAUGCUAUGUUAUUUUAAUGUGGCAGUUAUCGCAAGUUUAGCAAGCGGUUUUUCCUAUGUGUAUUAUUUUAAUAUGAACUUUUAUCAGUUAUUACAAGCUAGAAUGCUGUAUUUUGUACAAUGUUUUUGUUUUUGUUUUAUUUUAAUGUGGCAGUUAUACAGAAAGCUAGGAUGCUGUUUUAUAGAGAUGCAGAUAAGUUAAAAGAGACCGUUCUGAGUUUGCUAUUAUUGAUAAGAUGUUGAGAUUUUCAUACAUAUAGAGAAUAACUAGUUAAUGACGUAGGAUCUCGGCUUUAUUCUGUGAAGGUAAGAAUUGGAAAUUUUGCGAGGAUUGGCAAGUGGAAUUUCCCAUUCGACAUGAACAUAAUAAAGCCGAUAAACUACGUCAUAAUCUAGUUAUUAUUUUUAUCCUACAAUCCAUAAAAUUUCAGAGGAAAACCUAUUUGACAUAAGUAAAAUGACGUAGAUGUCAAAUUAGCCAUCUUGUAAUGUAGCUAUGCAUGUGACGUCGCAUGCGUGACGUCAAAAGUGAAAAUCUGCUAGUAUACAUUUAUGACUUUUGCUUUAAUCGGUCAGCAUAAUCGGCCAAUAGAAACAGAGGUUGCAGGUAAAAAGCUGAUCAUUACCUUUUCAUAGGAAUGGGGGGGGGGGGGGGGGGGAAUGUCAGAGGUCAGGUCAAGUAUUCGUGAAAAGUGGGAUGUGAUCUAGCCUGAGGUGCUUUGGUCACAGGAUCGAACCUCCUUGGUGGAACCAUUAAUAAAUCAGUGUGCUCUUAAUGGUGAUGUUAAACAAAACAAGGAAACUUUUCCUCGGUGGACCUGUUCUCCGAUUGUUUUCUUUCCCCCUUCCAAACAGUGCCCCACAACUGGUAUAUGAAAUGUUGUGGUAUGUGCUGUCCUGCGUGGGAUCGUGUAUCUAAAAGAUCCCUUGCUGUUAAAGAAAAAAUGUAGCAGGUUUCCUCUGAAGUCUACGAGUCAAAGUAACCAAAUGUUUUACAUCCGAUAGCCAAUGAUUAAAUAAAUCGGUGUCCUCUGGUGGUUUUGUUAAACCAAACAAACUUAAACUUUCGAGACAAGAAAAUAUAUUUAAUAUGGAUGUAAGUUGUUAUAAAGGCAUUAUUAGUUGGACAUAUUUUAUAAUGCUGGGAAACAAAGAACAGUCUCUUUAACUUAUGCUCACUGGUUAUAUCACGCUAGAAAUGUGUUUUAUUCACCAGGCAUUGUUUAAAUGUGGCAUUGUAGAAAUUAAAAGUGUUUUGCUGUA